AUGAAAACUGGCCAGCGGUCUACCUCCGCAAAACCAACGCUGACUGCUGUCCGAAGCCUCCCUAUCACCAAAGACGCUGCAAACAGGAUUGCCCAAACUCCAGUUUCACAAUCUCUGCAUCGGUCCUCAACUCCAGCGCCUACGCCACCUCCAGGCGGCAAUUCCAACGCCGUUGACCUAUCCCUCCCGCCCCUUCCGCUUCCUUCUCCCACUAAAAACCCACUCCCGCUCUCUGUACCUCCUCUAGUUUCACCACCAAAAACGCCUGGAUCACCCAAUUUCCCUGGGAAUGGCUUGGGAAUAUGCUACGCUCCAUACGGAGAUAACGGCGAAUGCAAGACCCCACAGCAAGUUGAGAGCGACUUUUCUAAAUUUGGUGGAUUCGACACCGUCCGUUUCUACGGCACUGACUGCAAUCAAGUUCCCAUGGUGGUAGCUGCCGCCAAUAAAUACCAGAAAAAACUCUUCGCCGGCAUCUACGACAUCGAAAAGCUUGACGAGGCCUUGCACAACUUGAUUCAGGGAGUCCAAUCCUCCUGGGCACUUAUUGUCACAGUUGCAAUCGGCAACGAGCGUGUAAACAGCGGCCAAUCUUCCGUUUCUGAGGUCGUCGGGAGUGUCAGCAAAGCCAGGAAGGUAUUGCGUGACGCUGGCUACACUGGCCCCGUCGUCACCGUGGAUACUUUCAAUGCCUUAAUCGCCCAUCCGGAACUCUGCGAAGCUUCUGAUUUCUGCGCUGCAAACAUCCAUGCCUUUUUCGACCCCAACACCGAAGCAUCUAACGCGGGAGGCUUUGUCAAGAAGCAGCAGGAGCGUGUGUCGCGUGCAGCAGGGGGAAAGAUGACUGUUGUUACGGAAUCAGGGUGGCCGAAGCACGGAAAUCCGAAUGGCAAGGCAGUUCCAUCCCCGGAGAAUCAUAAUCUGGCGCUGGCGAGUUUGUUGAGCGCUUUUAAAGGCAAGGAGCGUAGUCUCUAUUUAUUCUCUGCAUUUGAUGACAAAUGGAAGAAGGAUAACCCCUCCACUUUUGGAGCAGAGAAAUACUGGGGGAUUUUAUGA